AUGCUGGCUGAGACAAGGGUCCUUACACCUAAACUAUUUUUUUUUAUUUUUGUGUUGUCCGCAAUUUUUAUCCGCAAAUAUUUUUUAAAAAUUUUAUUUUUAAAGUUUAAAUGGUGUUCGUGGGUAGCUCUUUUUUGUUCCUGUGUUUCCUUUGCCAAUGUCCGAGCAUCUGACGACACAAAACAAAUUGUUUCUUCAUUUAUGCUUUCAAUAUCUGCUGUGGUAAUGAGUUAUUUACAAAAUCCAGCGCCGAUUGUACCUCCGUGGGUUUAA